AUGGCUAUGCUUCCUCGCGCCGCGCGCCCCGCCAUGGCCGCCAUCCACUCGGCCGCCCCCGUCGCCAUCGCCGCCCGCGCCGGAUUCCACUCGUCCGCUCCCCAGGCCGCCUCCCUCCGCGAGACCGAACAGCGCAUCAAGUCGGUCAAGAACAUCGAAAAGAUCACCAAGUCCAUGAAGAUGAUCGCCUCCACCAAACUCAACAAGGCCCAGCGCGCCAUGGCCGCUGCCAAGGCCUAUGGUGACGCCAACAACGAGAUCUUCAAGAACUCCGAGGCCGUCGCUCCCGAGGGUGGCCGCCAGCUCUUCAUCGUCGUCUCCUCCGACAAGGGUCUCUGCGGCGGUAUCCACUCCUCCGUCACAAAGCGCACCAAGGCCGAGUUCAACAAGAUCGGCGCUGCCGCCGGCGACGCCAACUCCUCCGAGGGCCCCGCCAUCAUCAUCCUCGGCGAAAAGUCCAAAGCCCAGCUUGGCCGUGCGCUCCCCAAGAACAUCUCGCUCUCCUUCAACCAGAUCGGCAAGGACGUCCCCACCUUCGCCGACGCAACCGCCAUCGCAGACCAGAUCAUCAAGUCUGGCAUCAAGUUUGACAAGGUCAACCUCAUCUACAACAAGUACGUCUCCGCAAUCUCGUUCGAGUCCGACGUCAUGGAGGUCUUCUCCGAAGACGCCCUCCGCAACGCCACCCAGUUCAAGCUCUACGAGCAGGAGGACGACGUCACCAAGGACCUCGCCGAGUUCGCCUUCGCCAACGCCGUCUACGCCGCCCUCGUCGAGGGUCACGCCUCCGAGAUCAACUCCAAGCGUAACGCCAUGGACAACGCCUCCAAGAACGCAGGCGACAUGAUCUCCAACCUCAACAUGAUCUACAACCGUGGUCGACAGGCCGCCAUCACCAACGACCUCGUCGACAUCAUCACCGGUGCCUCCGCUCUUUAA